AUGUUUAGAUUAUCAAGACCAAUACAACGAAUUUCUUUCAAAUCAACCAGAUUUAAUUUAUUUUCAUUAACUAGUAAACGAUUUAUAGGAGAUGGAACAUUUGGACAACCAACAUGGCCACUGACAUCAUAUAUAAUUAAAAAUUAUACUAAAGAAAGUAAAAAAAUGAUAGGUUGGUUAAUUUCAUUACUGACAAUUUUAUUAAUUUGGCCAAUUUCAAUAGUUCAAGGAUUUGAUUAUUUUGAUAAUGUACCUGAUUUUACUGGAAGUCAAGUACAAUUGAAAAGAAUUGGUUUAGAUAAAUUUCAAACUACUGUUGAAAUUCCACAAAUUUCUGUUAAAUUAGAUAAAGAAGAUGAAGAUGAAGGUGAUGAUGUUCCUGAAGAUGAUGUUUAA